GAGGGCCCGGCGGGAGCGCGGCCGCCGCCGCCAUGAAGGGCAAGGAGCGCUCGCCCGCCAAGGCCAAGCGCUCCCGGGGCGGCGAGGACUCGGCAUCCUCCUCCUCCUCCUCCCGCGGCUCCAAAAAGCCCAGCGGCUCCUCCGGCAGCGGCGGCGGCGGCUCCAACGGCGGGAAAGCGGCGGCGUCCGGCGAGAGCAACAGCGGGAGCGGCCGGCGCGGCGCCCACACGGACAAGGGCCGCGCCGGCAGCCGCGAGUACGAGAGCGGCGCGGCCGCGAGCGGAGGGGGCCGGCACGGCUACAGCGGGAAAGCCGCGGAGGCGUCGCGGAGCAGCAGCAGCCGCGGCAGCGGAGAAUCGCGGGCGGCCGCCGCCUCCUCCUCCUCGGAGCCGGGCGAGUACAAGACGCUGAAGAUCAGCGAGCUGGGCUCGGCGCUGAGCGACGAGGCGGUGGAGGACGGGCUGUUCCACGAGUUCAAGCGCUUCGGCGACGUGAGCGUGAAGAUCAGCCGCCUCCCGCCCGGCUCCGGCUCCGGCACCGACGAGCGCGUGGCCUUCGUGAACUUCCGCCGGCCCGAGGACGCGCGGGCGGCCAAACACGCGCGCGGCCGCCUGGUGCUCUACGACCGCCCGCUGAAGAUCGAGGCCGUCUAUGUCGGCGGCGGCAGCGGCCGCCGGCGCAGCAGCCGCUCCCCGGCGCUGCUGGACAAGGAGUCUCCGUACGGGGCGGCGGCGGCGGUCGGGGCUGUGGCGGCGGCCGUGCGGCACCCGCCGGCCGGGGCCGCGCAGCGGGCGCUGUCCCCCGCGGGCAGCGGCGGAGCGCUGGGAUACCGGGACUACCGGCUGCAGCAGCUCGCCCUGGGCCGGCUGCCGCCGCCGCCGCCGCCGCUGCCGCGGGAGCUGGAGAGGGAGCGGGACUACGGCGGGUUCUACGAGGCGCGGGUGCGGCCCGCCUACGGGCUGGAGAGGGUGGCCGGCGUGGCGGCGGCCGGGGGCUUCCGCGGAGGAGGAGGAGCGGGAGGAGGAGGUGGUGCCGGAGCGGCCGGCGAGGAGGAGAUCAGCCCCGAGGAUGACCAGAGAGCCAACCGCACCUUGUUCCUGGGCAACCUGGACAUCACCGUGAGCGAGUCGGACCUGAGGCGGGCGUUCGACCGUUUUGGGGUCAUCACCGAGGUGGACAUCAAGAGGCCGGGCCGUGGGCAGACCAGCACCUACGGGUUCUUGAAGUUUGAGAACCUGGACAUGGCGCACCGGGCCAAGCUGGCCAUGUCGGGGAAGGUGCUGCUGCGCAACCCCAUCAAGAUCGGGUACGGCAAAGCCACCCCCACCACCCGGCUCUGGGUGGGCGGCCUGGGGCCCUGGGUGCCCUUGGCUGCCCUGGCCCGGGAGUUCGACCGCUUCGGUACCAUCCGCACCAUCGACUACCGCAAAGGGGAUUCCUGGGCCUACAUCCAGUACGAGAGCCUGGACGCGGCGCAGGCAGCCUGCACACACAUGAGGGGCUUCCCCCUGGGGGGCCCGGACCGCCGGCUCCGCGUGGACUUCGCCGACACCGAGCACCGAUACCAGCAGCCCUACCUGCAGCCCCUGCCCCUGCCGCCCCCGGCUCACUACGAGCUCGUGGCAGAGGCGGCUGCUUUUGGGGCUCACCGGGGAGCUCCCCCCGACCCUCUGCGGGGGGCCCGGGACAGGACGCCACCGUUGCUUUAUAGAGACCGUGACAGAGACCUUUACCCCGAGACGGAGUGGGUGCCCCCGCCGCCCCCUGUGCGGGACAGGAGUAACCGGGCGGCUGCCUACGACCCACUGGAAAGCCUGGAGCGCCGCCGGGACGGGUGGUCCUUGGAGCGGGACCGCGGGGAGAGGGAGCUGGGCAGUAGCAGUCGGGAUCAGCCCAGGAAGCGGAGGCUGGCGGAGGACGGAGGCCGGCACUUGGACCGCUCCCCCGACAGCGAGCGCUCCUCGUCCUCCCGAAAGCGCCACUGCCUGGCCACCAGCUCCCCGCCGGACCGCAGCCCCGAGCUCCUGGGGGGCCGGGAGCGGUACAGCAGCGACCCCGAGCGCUCGUCCCGCCUGCUCCUCUUGGAGCGACCGUCCCCCGUGCGGGAAUCCCGCCGGGGCAGCCUGGAGCGGGGGCAGAACGAGAAGCGCGACCGCAAGAACUCGGCGGAGCGUGAGCGGAAGCACCGCGGAGGUGCCGCCGCCCAGGAGGGCAAGAGCCCGGCCAAAAAGGAUGAGCGGGCGGCCGAGGGAGGCGGGGGAGGCUCCCGCCUCAAACCCCCUCCCCAAAAACAGCAGCAGGACGGGGCGGCGCAGGCCGGGGCGGCGCCCAAGCUGUGCUUGGCCUGGCAGGGGAUGCUCCUGCUGAAGAACAGCAACUUCCCGUCCAACAUGCACCUGCUCCAGGGGGACCUCGGUGUCGCCAGCAGCCUCCUCGUGGAGGGGGCCACGGGGGGGAAGGUGGCCCAGCUCAAGAUCACCCAGCGGCUCCGGCUGGACCAGCCCAAGUUGGACGAGGUGAACCGGCGCAUCAAGGUGGCGGGGCCCAAUGGCUACGCCAUCCUCUUGGCCGUGCCCGGCGCGGCGGAAAACCGCGCGGCCGCCGGAGCCGCCGAGCCCGCCACCACCUCCACGCAGAGGCCGCUCAGGAAUCUGGUGUCCUACCUAAAGCAAAAGCAGGCUGCAGGGGUGAUCAGCCUCCCCGUGGGGGGGAACAAAGACAAGGAGAACAGCGGGGUGCUGCACGCCUUCCCACCCUGCGACUUCUCCCAGCAGUUCCUGGACUCUACGGCCAAGGCGUUGGCCAAAUCCGAGGAUGACUAUCUGGUCAUGAUCAUUGUCCGGGGGGCCUCCUAAGGGCCCUCGUGUUCUGUUCCCAACCCUGCCUACUCCUCCACCCAGCCCCUCCAGCGUGUGCCAGGUGCUAUGGGAUACAGCCUUAGCCAGCCCUGUUGUUAUUUUAAUUAGACCUUUGUUUGUAGGUGACUUUCCCGGCCUGAUUUUCUGUUACUACGUUUUUCUAUAAAGGUAGAAGCCAGAGAGGUUGGUUUAGGCGUAGUGUGAAUAGGAUAUUUUGAGAAUUCCCUAUCAGUGGGGACAGCAGGGAGGCUAGGCCUGCUUUGAUUUACAAAAAAAUAAAAAAAAAAAAAUAAGAAAAACGAGAACUGGGGAGGGGGAGGGAGGGGGAAAAGAAAAAACUCCCGUCUUCUUGAUUUUGAUUCGUGUCCUUUUUUCAUUUCAUGUUUUUUAAAGCAAGUCCAAGAGCUCGUCCUCUGACAGAGCUCCAAACCCAACAGACCAGGUUUAAAGCACUCGUUGGAAAUGGAAAACCACACGUUUAGUGACAGACUGGUGUCAGCUCCUUUUUUGAGCCUUUGAAAUUCCGUGUGGGCCUUGGGGAUCCCUUCCCUUGGGACCUGGAAUGGUUUCCCCUUUGGGUCGAGUGGAUCAAGGUUGAUGUUUUACAGCAAAUCUGGUGGACUGCAGAAGACAUGGGAUACCAAGCUCUAAAUGGACCUUUGGGAAGAGAAGCUGUGGCUUAUGUGGAAUUUCCAUGGGCCUCCUGAUGGAAGAAAGCUUAUCUGUUUAGUAUUUGUGCAUUUUACUAAAAAUGGCAGCUUUAAAAAAAAAAAAAAAAGUUGUGUAUCUGCUAUUGUGAUGCCAAUGCCCGUGUUUUAAGUGGAAAAAAAAAAUGACCUCUUUGCUUUGUGCUGUGUACACAAGAUUGCUGGAAAAAAAGUAAAGGAAUACCCUUUUUAUGGCUCACACAGCUUGAAAGUAGCUGUCACUCAAACAUGCGCUCACAGUUGAGCUGAUUUUGUUUCAUUCUAAAUAAAUUGUUUCUUUUGAGGAAAAAUGGUUUUUCUGCCUGGGAGUUGAAUUGACGACAAACGUUUGGCCCCGGUGUCGGCAGCGGAGGGGUCCCUGCUGCUGCUGCCCCGUGUCUGAGCUGAUAGUUGUGGGGCUUUGAGCAAGAACAGGGGAGAGAAACCGACACCUUUUCGCGUUGACCGACCUGUUGUGCCAAAGCGGAGGAAUUCUAGUUCACUGCCUUGCUGUGACCCCCCCUGGUUUGUGGUGAAAAAGGGGGUCACACUCGCUGCCUCACUCCUCACCGGGACAGGGAAACGGUCCUGCUGCUGGCACACAAGGAGCAGGGAAGCACCACCCUGCAUCUCACAACUGUGGCCGAGUCUCGGGGCUUCGCUGGUUGGAAGAGCCGGAGUUCCUGAAUUUUUAAGUUUCUUGAUUUGCUUUGUUCGCCCAACACGUUUUGCCUUUAGUUUUGAUUCUUGGUUGUUGGUUUUGUUGGUUUUUUUUUUAAUUUGGAAGAAAAAAAAAAAAAGGUUCGAGAUUGCUUUGAAUGUUGCACGU